AUGCAGUCCAGUGCGCAAUCCCAUCGACACGUGAUGCGCUACGCACUGCUGCCGCUCUCGGCCAUCGUCGCCUUGCUCGUAUCAGCAGAGUCUGCUCCCCAGUUCACCCCCUCGUCCGUACAGGGCGUCUUUGUCGAGCAGUUCUCCUCAGACGUCAUCGGAGACCGCUGGAGCCCUUCGCGCGCGACAAAGGAGGAGAAGCAAGGCGAGGUCUUCUCGUACGUCGGCAAGUGGAGCGUCGAGGAACCCACCGUCUUGCCCGGCAUCCCCGGCGACGCAGGUCUCGUCCUCAAGACCAAGGCCGCGCACCACGCCAUCUCGGCGCCCUUUGACGAGGUGUUCGACCCCGAGGGCAAGACGUUGAUCGUCUCGUACGAGGUCAAGUUGCAGAAGGGACUCGACUGCGGAGGAGCGUACAUCAAGCUCUUGACGGACAGCGAUGAGGGCAUCCACGCCGAGGAGUUCAGUGACAAGACGCCGUACACGUUGAUGUUCGGUCCGGAUCGCUGCGGUAGCACGUCCAAGGUUCACCUCAUUGUCCGCCACCGAAACCCCCUCUCGGGCGAGGUCGAGGAGAAGCACCUGGCGGCCCCGCCCUCUCCGAAGCUCUCCAAGACCACGGCGCUCUACACGCUCCUCAUCCGCCCCGACCAGACCUACGAGAUCCGCAUCAACGACGAGAAAGUUAAGUCGGGCUCCUUGCUCGAAGACUUUGCGCCGCCUUUCAACCCGCCCAAGGAGGUGGACGACCCCUCGGACUCGAAGCCCGAGGACUGGGUCGAGACGCCCAAGAUUCCCGACCCGGACGCCGUCAAGCCCGCAGACUGGGACGAAGACGCGCCUGCGUCCAUUCCCGACCCGGACGCAGAGAAGCCCGAGGACUGGCUCGAGGAUGAGCCGACGACUGUUCCGGACCCCGAGGCGCAGAAGCCGGAGGAGUGGGACGACGAGGACGAUGGUGAUUGGAUUGCGCCGAUGGUGCCGAACCCGAGGUGCGAGGGCGUCAGUGGGUGCGGGCCGUGGAAGAGGCCGGAGAUUCCUAACCCCGAGUACAAGGGCAAGUGGUUCGCGCCGCUGAUCGACAACCCCGAGUACAAGGGGCAGUGGAAGCCUCGCAAGAUCCCCAACCCGGACUACUACGAGGACCUCACGCCGGCCGACCUCACUCCCAUCGCCGGCGUCGGUUUCGAGUUGUGGUCGAUGACCGACUCGAUCCUCUUCGACAACAUCUACAUCGGCACUUCCGAGUCUGACCUCGCUCAAUUCGUCUCCGAGACUUACGCGAUCAAGGCGCCGCUCGAGGCGGCGCAAGAGGCAGCUGAGACGGCAAAGGAGGAAGCCGAGUCGGAGAAGGCGAUGAAGAAGCUCAACUUGGGCGACGAGCCGGACUACAAGGUUGAUCCGGUUGGGUGGGCGAGGUUCAAGGCUCAGCAGUUCUUUGACGAGGCCGUCGUCGACCCGAAGAAGGCGCUCGUCGAGAACCCGCUCACGGGCGGAGUGCUCGGCGUCGUCUUUGCGUCUAUCAUCGGCAUGAUCGGUGUCCUCCUCUCCCUCGUUCUCCCCGCCGCCGCCUCGACUCCCACGGCCCAAAAAGCCUCUGCACGCGUUCAAGACGCCGCCUCGACCGCCUCUGCAAAGGCUCAGCAAGUCGUCGACGAGCAGGUCGCGCCUGUCGCCGCGGCGGGCAAGGAGAAGGUUGAGGAGGUUGUUGAGGGAGUCAAGACGAGGGCUACGAGGGCGAAGAAGGCGGCUGAGGAGAAGCAGAAGGAGGAGAGCUCGUAG